UGAGCUUGGGAGCGCACAAUGGCACUUUGGGCAUUUUGGAGUGUUUUUCUUUUAUCUUGCGCCACUUUUCACCUCAAGUUUGGGGCUCAAGCGGACAUAACUUUUCACAGAUCAGUCAACAGAUUUGAUCAUUUGGAUGUGGCUCAGCUGGAGGCUCGUUUUGCUAAAAACACAGCGGGGAUCAAAGUCUCGCCUAAUGUCGACAACAGAGAUGAAGUUUUAAACUGGUUCAAAACGGAGGCAGCCGCCACUUUAAAGCCGAGCAGUGCGCUGGAAGAGAACCAAACAGUGAAUAAGACACAGGUCGGCAUCGAAGCAAACUAUUCCAACGAGCUUCAAAUGCCUGGGAAAAAGUGUGGUAACAGCACAACGGCGCGACCUGGAGAGAAUAAACCACCAGAGCGCACAGUUUCUGUCAGGGGGAAGAAAAUGAAAAGAAGCGUGGGCGCAGCGUACAACGACGACGUGGAUAGGAGUUUAAGUGGAGAGGCGCAGUCACCAGAGAGGUCCGUGGAAAGUGUCCAAGGUGCUUCCAAGUCGAGAACCGAGUACAGGCGCGCUGGGGAAGAAGCCAGAGGGUCAAGCCCGAGGCAAAGUGAGCCGCACCUGGACACCUCGACUUUUGCCUUGUCGGGAGACUCGGCGCACAACCAGGCGAUGGUGCACUGGUCCGGCCACAACAGCAGUGUGAUCCUGAUCUUGACUAAGCUGUAUGACUUCAACCUGGGCGCCGUUACAGAGAGCUCACUUUGGAGAUCCACUGAUUAUGGCAGCACCUACACCAAACUCAAUGACAAAGUGGGUUCAAGGACAGUUUUAAGCUACCUCUAUGUCUGCCCUACCAACAAACAGAAGAUAAUGAUGCUUAGUGACCCAGAGGUAGAGAGUGCUGUUCUCAUCAGUUCAGAUGAAGGGGCAAGCUUCGAGAAAUAUCCCAUUAACUUCAACAUCCUGAGCCUCCUAUUCCACCCGACACAGGAGAACUGGAUUCUGGCUUACAGUCAUGACAACAAGGUGUACAGUUCAAUGGACUUUGGGAGGAAAUGGCAACUUGUUCAUGACAACGUGAUGCCAGGCAGAUUCUACUGGGCGGUAAUGGGGCUGGACAGAGAAUCAGAUGUGGUCCACAUUGAGACACGCAUCACAAAAGGCCGUGCUCAAUAUGUGAAGUGCAGAGCCCAGAAAUGCACAGAGGGAAACAGACAGUACCUCUUUCCUGGACAUGUGGACACCAACUCCCUUGUUGUGCAGGAUGAAUAUGUUUUUACACAGGUAACCAAGUCAGGUCGAGCCAGCUACUUUGUGUCGUAUAUGAGAGAACCCUUCAAACAGAUGCAGUUACCAAAAUACUGUUUGCCAAAGGACAUGCAUAUCAUCAGCACAGAUGAGAAGCAGGUAUUCGCUGCCGUCCAAGAGUGGAAUCAGAACAACACAUACAGCUUGUAUAUCUCCGACUCCCCCGGGGUCUACUUUAUCCUUUCAUUAGAGAAUCUGAGAACCAGCAGAGGGCCUGCUGGUAACCUACUGGUUGACUUUUAUAAGGUUGAAGGGAUAAAUGGCAUGUACUUUGCUAACAAACUGGUGGAUAAUCAUAUUAAGACUUUCAUCACUUACAACAAGGGACAAACCUGGGCUCUGCUGCCAGCACCUGCCACCGACGUGGCUGGAAACAACCUUCACUGCAUACUGCCAUUUUGUUCACUGCAUCUUCAUCUGGAGAUGUCAGAGAAUCCCUAUACGUCCGGACCCAUCACCAGCAAAAAGUCCGUACCAGGAAUCAUCAUAGCAACAGGGACUAUUGGAACUGAGCUGUCCUCCAGCAACCUUGGGAUGUUUAUGACAUCUGAUGCAGGAAAUAGUUGGAGACAGAUUUUUGAUGAAGAGCACAAUGUUUGGUUUCUUGACAAUGGGGGGGCUUUGCUUGCGGUUCUACAUGCACCAACCCCGAUUCGACACCUAUGGAUCAGUCUAGAUGAGGGGAAAAAAUGGGAUCGCCACAGCUUCUCCUUGGCACCUCUGUUUGUGGACGGAGUUUUAAUGGAGCCAGAAUCUGACAAUCACAUCAUCACCUUCUUUGGACACUUCAGCCAUCGGUCAGAGUGGCAACUGAUCAAGAUUGACUACAUGGGGCUCUUUAGCAGGAGAUGCAUGGAUGGAGAUUAUCAGACAUGGUAUCUACACAACAAGGGAGAGCUGUGUGUGAUGGGUGAGAAGCAGAUCUAUAUGAAGCGCAGGCCUGGCAAUCGUUGCAUGUUGGCUCAAGAUUAUUCCAGGAUCUACUCCUCAGAGCCGUGUCUCUGCACAGCUUAUGAUUUUGAAUGUGAUUAUGGGUGGGAACGCCAGGCGGAUGGGAAGUGCUCGCCUGCUUUUUGGUUUAAUCCAAAUAGUGCGGCUAAAAGCUGCAGCUCAAGCCAAAGCUUUCUUAACAGCACCGGGUAUCGGAAGGUGUUAUCCAAUAACUGUAAGGAGAGAGGAAGAAACAUGUUUUCACCCAAGAGGGUAGCGUGUCAUCUCCGAGCGCCCCAAGGCCUUCGACUGUCCACCAGCAACGGAGAGCUCAGCGCCACCGUAGGAAGCAAUGUUACCUUCAUGAUCUACCUGGAUGAUGGAGACUCACCGAGCACCAGCAUCCAGUUAGACUUCGGGGACGGCAUCAAGAUCACGUACUCCAACCUGAGCAGGACCGAUGAUGGCAUCAAGCACAUCUACAGGAUGACUGGGAUUUACCGAGUGACAGCUUCAGCAGAAAACAGCCAGGGAUCUGACAGCAGCACGCUUUUUUUACACGUCACCAGUCCAGUGGAGCACAUGUAUUUCUCCAUCCCUAUUGUAGCCAUCAGAGGGAAAGCAGCUAAUCUGACUGCUGUAGUCUGGCCGAGCCACACCAGAACUCUGACCUUCUUCUGGUGGUUUGACAACAGCUCCGAGCCCAUUAUAACAUUGGAAGGAAGCAUCUCCCACAUGUUUCACAGAGAGGGGAAAAACAAGGUCACGGUCCAAGUUGCUUGUGGAAGCACCGUGUUGCAAGACUCAAAAGUCAUAACUGUUAAAGAGUUCUUCAGGUCACUGCUGUUGUCGUUUUCUCCGGCUCUUGACGAGCACAACCCUGACAUCCCUGAGUGGAGGGAGGACAUAGGCCGUGUGGUGCGGACAGCUCUGUCACAGGUUUCUGGAGUCCCUGAAGAUCAGCUGCUGGUGUCUCUGUACCCGGGACUUCCAACAACAGCCGAACUCUUUAUCCUGCCAGAUGAGCAGACGUCAAAUGAACACAAAAAAAGGAGCGAGGAGGCGUUGGACACAAUAUCAGACAUUUUUGCCACUGCCCUGAACCAAGGCCUCAUCCAGUUUGAACUGAAAGCUAAUGUUCGCAUCAUUGUGUACAUGACUCAUCAAACUUUGGCUCCACUUAUAGAUGCCAACGCCAUCCAUAGUGGGUCGGCCAUGUUGAUGCUGCUCAGUGUGGUAAUUGUUGGUUUAGCUGCAUUCUUCAUCUACAAAUUCAAAAGAAAAAUCCCAUGGAUUCAUGUAGAGACUGAAGAUCCCCACGAGAAAGAUCCGGAGGUGAUAAGCACAGUAGGUCAGAACGACAGCAUGUCCAAGGUCAAGCUAAGCGAGUUUCCAUCUCAGAAAGAACUCAUGGAAAAAGAGCUGGAGGGAAGGAGCAGAGGAGGAUUUGGAAGAAAUAUGGACAGAAUUGUCACAAGGGAAUUUCCCAACUGUACUAAUGUCUAAGACACGAGCUCUGUUACAGAGACCUGUUGAUUUUUUUCCCACUCAUUUUAGCGCACAAAUUGAGUCUGGCUAUAAAAUCAGUCCUGUGCAAUCCUUUUACAUUUGGGUUAUCUAAAUAUUUAUGUCUCCUUUUGGUACACUCUGAGCUACAUCACAAGCCCCUCC